AUGGCUUGUGGUUCGGAGAAUGCCAAGGUUUCGAUGAGGAAAUUGGAGAUGGAGGGGUUUGAGGUCGGAGUUGAGGUGCGAGUGCAAGCAAGAGAGGAUACAGAAGAGAAGAAGAAACAAAGGAUGAGUUAUUGGAUUUCCCGUAGAGACUUUUUGGACGCAAAUGGGACAUUAGAUUUUGCAUCUUGGAGAGAGGGAGGAUUUGUUCCCUCUGUUAUGAGUGUCCGCGGCAGUAUCAGGCGGAGUUCCGUUCUCAGUGAGCAGUCUUACUCGUUUGGAGAUUGGAUGAAGAACUCUCCUCCAACAAGCUGGGAGCGGAGUCUUUCGACGGGUACCAUAAACCAUGAUCGUCUGAAAUUGCAGGGCAAUCGAAGGACUGCAUUUCCUUCAUCUUUUGACUGGAGAGAGAGAGGCCUCAUCACCAACAUUAAGGAUCAGGGAAAUUCACCGACGUGUUAUGCUCAUGUGGCGGUCACUACAGUUGAAUAUGCGCAUCAGAUACUCACCAAGGAAGUCGUCCGUCUGUCCCCUCAAGAAUUGUGGGAUGCAGGGGCUACGGACGACGACGACGACGGUCCAUUACCAUUGGGGGAAGGGGGGCGAUCAUUUAAGUGUUUGAAGUGGAUCGCAAAGAAUGGUAUUUCGCUCGAGGCAGACUACCCCUGGGAGGGCGUGAGGGGCCCGUGGAGGAAUCAGAGUUCUAGAAGACUUACCAUUGAUGGCCACAUGAGCUUACCUAUCAAAGCAGACUACGGCCUUUACGCUCAAAUUCUUGAGCGGCCUGUUUCAAUUACUAUUGCUGUCACCGAUGAGUUCGAGGAUUAUGAGGGUGGAAUCUAUUGGAGUAGUUUUGCUUCUACCUCUACAGACCACGAGGUUGUGGUUCUUGGAUGGGAUGCUGAAAUGGAUGGGACCAGACAUUGGAUAUGUCAAAAUUCAUGGGGCGAGGGAUUUGGCGAAGGAGGUUUUGUGCGGAUCGCGAGGACUGGGCAUUCAUGGUGGGGUUCUCGUUCGAUCAUGAGUGCUCCAUGCUAUAAAUAGGCACAAGUUUCACAUAUUGAAGAAAUUACAGUUGAUGGUCAUGCAAUGAGUUCCCGUGCCAAAGAAGCUCAAAGCCAGUUUGACUUUAAUCAGUGCUUACAUGAAUUGGUUUUACAUGGAGACUGGAUACAUGGGCAACAAGUAUAUCACUUGGAUUUCCUCCAAAUGUAGUUCUCUGUUAUAUAGCAAGAACAUUGAACUAUGUAAGCUUCAUUUACUACCCUUGUUUGUUCAAGUUUCUGGUGAUUUCAAAUUUUAGCACUCUACACUUGGUUUUACAUUGUUUUGACUACCCUUGUUUGUUCAAGUUUCUGGUGAUUUCAAAUUUUAGCACUCUAGACUUGGUUUUA